GGUCGUCACCUGGUCGUUCCUGCACCCCUCGCGCGCGCUUUGCAUGCAAUUUGUACACAGAACUGUCACAGGCUUCGCUCGGUUCGUACAAUUUUGAUCUCAGGAUAAGGGCGAAAUUCCUACUUAAAGAUGGCGUGACGUCCUCCUGACAAGAUGGAUAUGUCCCUCUUUCUUCUGGCCAUUCUCUUGGCCAGCCCUUUUCCUUCUUUGACCCAACCAUCUGGAAAACUGGGGUGUCGCUUCAGUCCCAUCUGCCGCGAAGAUGAAGUGUGUGCGGAAGACAAGCUCUUUGGCACCUGCGUGCAGCGUUUGACCAGCUACCUGCCCCGCUACGAACUUGACCCACCCGGCCUGAAGCGGUUGAAGGACGUCGUCCAGUACCUGCUGGACGAGGGAUUUGCCUGGGAAGAUCAAUACGCGCAGGAUUCUCUUCAAGAAGUCCUCCAACCUUUCAAGCAGAGUAUCAUCUCGAUAAUCCCUGACCUUGGACCCCCUGGCUACCAGCAGAACCCUCCAGUCCCCGACGACAACGAAGCGGAAGCCUGGGCCAAUGUGGACCACCUGGCCAAGGCCUACCAGGCAGUCCUGGACGAGUACCAGGACCGGUACCGGGCCUACGAGGAGCUGGUCCAGAAGUACGGCUUCGGCGACGACGCGGAGCUGAACGCGUACGCCGCCCAGAUGCAGCAGAAGUACAAGAGCAUCAUCCGCCGGCUGCAGGCCGAGGAGCGAGAGAACCUGCGGAAGCUCUACAACCUGUACUACCAGAAAUACCUGAGCCUACUGGAGGCGGAGACCGGGGGUAGUCAGGGGCAGACGGACUCACAGGAUGAGUGGGUUGGCAACGGAGGGUACGGGAACAAUGAGGAUUGGAAGGGUCUGUACAAGCUGAGACUCCUGAAGGAGUACUUGCAGCUCCUGUACAAUGAGAACCGUGAUCGCUGGGUGACAUCCUCAGAAGCGUCCGAAGACUCGUACGUGUCCUCGUCAGAUGAAACGUAUCCUCUGGAGACCUUCCUGGAGGAAUGGAAUGGUGACUUUGACAACGAGCUGCCUAUUGAGGAUGCGGUUGCCGUAGAAACAGGGGUUGCCGAGCCACCAUACCAAACUCAGGAGGGAGAAGGUAAUCCGUAUGAUGUGUUUGACAAUUUGGACGGGGGGUAUUGGAAGACCCUCACCGCUGAGGAAAAGAACGAGUUCAUCAAUGAGAUCCUUCAGCUUGAGGGGGACGAUGUGGGUGUCACCAAGGAGACGGUUGACGGGGACAGGGAGGAUGGAGGAGACAAGGAGGAUGAGAAAGAUGAGGGUGCGGAGACUGCCGUGGAGGGCACAGGGGAGGAUAAGACGGAGGCUCCCCUCAGCAAAGGUCAGGGGGUCGGGGAGCCGGGUAAGGAGUACGUUGAACCCUUGAAGCAGCCCAAGGACUCGGGGAACAACUUGGAUGCCAAUCUGGCCAAGAAGGAUGAAGAUGCAUUUUCCGUGGUAACACCAGAGCCUGCCAAGAAGGGUCCGACCGUACCCCCUACCAAACCAACCACCUCCCAGCAGACGACGUUUGCUCCCAGUGGCUACGUCUUUAUCGCCCUACAAUCUGGGAUCAGUCUUGAGGAGGCUCAGAUGCUAGUAGAAGAACUUCGCAUUACACUGGAUGCACCCAAGGGGUCCUUCUCUGAGAUAGAAACUGAUGAGAGGCAAGUCACGUUUAAAGUUCAUCCGGACGUGAUUCACAUGACACCAGCUGAAGUCGCGGGAGCUGCAGCUGACCAUCAGAGAAAUCUGGAAGACAUGAUGGGAGUCACCAUUACUGAGACGGGGGUUGGCAAACAGACCGACAUCACGGUCCUGGACUACCCCCGGGACGACAACUCCACCCUGAUCGUUGUGACGGUGGUCCUGGUGGCCUGCAUUGUGGGGAUUCUCAUCGCUGUCGUCACUGUCUACUGCUACCGACAGAAGGCGCGAGUCCGGGCCAAGCUCAAAGGAUUGGCCUCCAACGGGGCCGCCGUGGAGGGGGAGGCAACCGCUGAUUAUCAGGAUUUGUGUCGGCAGCGCAUGGCCAGCAAGUCCUCAGAGAAGCCGGAGCCGCUCAGUCGCAUCAGUAGCGUAGCCAUGAGCGAGGGCGCCAACCCCAGUCCGUCCAGCCGUAGCAGCACGUCGUCAUGGAGCGAGGAGCCCGUGCAGUCCAACAUGGACAUCUCCACCGGCCACAUAGUCCUGUCCUACAUGGAGGAUCAUCUACGUAACAAGGACAGGAUUACCAAAGAGUGGGAGGCUCUCUGUCGGUAUGAGCCGGACAUCAGUAGCACUGAGGUUGGGGCUCUAGCAAUCAACGUCCCCAAGAACCGCUACCAGGACGUCCUCCCAUAUGACCAUACACGGGUAUUACUGAAUGACUCCACCAAUGCACAAAGCUCAGACUACAUCAAUGCAAGCACGAUAGCUGAUGCUGAUCCAAGAAACCCAGCCUACAUUGCAACUCAGGCACCCUUGACCUCAACAAUAGCAGAUUUCUGGCAGAUGGUAUGGGAGCAAGGCGUCGUUGUCAUCGUCAACCUAACCCCUAUGACGGACGCGGACACCGUGCGCACCCUGUACUGGCCAUCAGAGGGCGGCACCCGCUACCACUUCUACGAGGUCCACCUGGUCUCGGAGCACGUGUGGUGCGAUGACUACCUCGUCCGCAGCUUCUAUCUCAAGAACACCGAGACACAAGAGACGAGGACAGUGACCCAGUUCCACUUCCUGACCUGGCCCGAGAACGGUAUACCACCUUCGCCUAAAGCUCUGUUGGAAUUCAGAAGGAAAGUGAACAAGUCCUACCGUGGCAAAGCCUGUCCGAUCGUGGUACACUGCAGUGACGGAGUCGGCCGCACUGGCACUUACUGCUUAGUGGACAUGGUACUGACCCGCAUGACCAAGGGCGCUAAGGAAAUUGACAUUGCCGCCACGCUGGAGCACAUACGAGAUCAGCGACCAGGUGCUGUCAAGCUGAAGGAGCAGUUUGAGUUUGCCCUGACAGCCCUAGCUGAGGAAGUCAACGCCAUCCUGAAGGCUCUACCGCAGUGAGCCCGUUAAGAUAGACAAAGAAAAAAAAAUUCAUGUCUCCCAUUACUUGCUGCCAGCCACCGUAACCAUGGUAACCAACAACAGAUCAGCAAGCCUCGGUGUGUGGACACAAAGGACUAAUUUUCAACCACGGUGUACACGGAGGAGAGAAAAACAUGUAAAGAAUGCGUUUUAUUAUAGUGAUGGCCAGUGCACUUAGAUAUCCUAAGGUCACAGAGUUUGACACGCAACAGUUGUCCCUCCUUAAUCGGGUAACUUUGACUGCCCAUGUCUUACGACAAAAAAAUUAGAUUGCAAAUGAAGCAGAGUAACUCCAGACUGCAUUGAUAUCCAACUCAACUUGUUAGCGCAUCACGUCAGAGGGCAGACAUCUUUGCUGAGUCAAACGUGCAAUAAGUUGUUUUUUAAAAAAGAAUAAAAAAAAAACAAUCAGUACUCCUGUUUUUACACAAGUCAAAUAAAGCCUGCAUCUCCACGGCAGAUUUCGGGCAUCAAAGUUAUCCGUGUUGUGAGUGAUGGAAAUAGCUAAGAAAUAAAUUGCAGUAUAAAUCAGACUUUGUGUCAUAAAGCCACUGUACAGUAAGUGCUUGGUAGAAGUAGUUAUAUUUAUUUAUCUUUUGCAAAACAUGCCCAAAGGUAGUGAAAAAUGUAUAUUUUUCUUUUGUUGCUCAAAGUGAGUUGAUUUAAAGGAGUCAGCUGAAUUGGGACUCGGGCCCAGGACCAUUGCACUGAACGUCCAGUGCUCUCGUCGUUGAGUACCUGUCUGAUGCUUAAACUUGAAUUGGUGACUCAUUACAGGGAAGGGGGGGGUUGCAUUCUGAAAUCAGUAUGUGUGACGUGCUCUGCGCCUUUGCACACUUGAAUCAUGUUUCAUAAGAGCAAGCCUGAGGCCUGUCUGUGAUCCCACGGCGUUGGAAUUGUUGGGUGAUGCACAGUUCGUACAGGUGGCAUCCUCGUAGCUUUUAUCGUCCCAGUGGGUGACAUUUUUACCCACUGGCUGAUAUUUUUGUUUUCGGUCCUGCUAAAAUAAAAAAAGAAAAACCCCACCCAGUUUGAAAACAGUACCAGAUGGAAUGUUUCCUUCAAGUUCCAGUUUCUGUGCAGGUUUGGGCCCAGAGAUGUCAUUGCCAAACAAGGUUGUCAAAAAUUAAUUCAAUCAAGAUGCAUUAUCGCCAACUCCCCACUCUCUGCAGGUGUGUCAUUUAACGUGAUUAAGCUUGAAACAAUCUAUUUGCACCUGGUGUGGCCCUAUCCAGGGGGGGGGGUGUGUGUAUGUGGGUUGACAGGGCCGUUCACUCCAUCGACGUCUCCCACAAGAGAAUGAUGUUGACACGGAGCGUACCAGGAACAUACAUGUGGGCAUGAUUUUCCACGCAGAGGAAGCAAUUGAUAAUGCUGUAAUCUGGCAGCCAGGGAGGGGAAGGGGCUUGCUCUCUCUUUGUCGUGGUGGGUUAUCAUUUACAUGAUUCUUGUGGAGCACAGACGUCAAGUUGGGGUCAAAAUUUUAAGCUACAGGUCAUUCAUCUUGUCAUUUCUUCAUUGAAAACUUAAGCAUAUUGCCGACGCUCUGUAAUGAUUUACUGAUUUAAGGCCCAUGACUUUUGAAACCCACCCAGCUCCUGGAAAACCCAAGUGGAUGUCUUCAGUUCAUUCCUGCUUUCGUUUCUUUCCUUUUUUUUGCUUUCUCGAGGGAAGUGGUAACAGUUUUUCAAAAUAACUUUGUACCCUACUUGACACAUCUCCCUUUGGCAAGGCAAGCACAUUUGAGGGCCAUAAAAUAUGGAAAUGAUUUAUUGUAUAAACAAUAUACCUGAUGACUGCCACAGCAGAGACAUUGCAAUUUCAGCUGACAAGAGUGAAAUGGCGACUAAUCAGAAAUCGGCUGGUUGGUGCAACAGCUAUAUAGAAGACAACUAUUUAAUGUAAACAUACUACAUGUAAAAUAUAUAUAGAUUUAUCAAAUUUAUGAUAAUGGACAUUGUGAUUAUAAACCCGUAGAGCUUUAAAAUAGUGUUUUGUCCUUUGUGCGUGUUGUGCAAUUAUGCUGUGUGUCCGUAAAAUUUGUGAAAAUCAUGAACGUCAUCCAUUUCUGUAGAACGCGUGGAGCUUCUGGGCCACAGUUCCACAUUCCUGAAUCUUGAAUUGCCACGGCAACACCUUUUUAAAAUCUCAAUCAUCAUUCCAUGAAUUUCAAGGACUGCUUUUUGUGCUUGUAAAAUGAAUAACUGUAAAUGAUAUUUUUACAGUUGAAAAUAUUCCAAUUCCAGUUAUUUGACAACGACAACAACAGACACUUUGAGUUGAGAUUCCCAUUGUGCUCAGGUAAGAAUGACUGCAAUAUUUUCUGGUAAGGAUUUUUUAGAAUGACCAUGAUUUCAGAUUUCUCAAAGUGACUUCUCAUGGCCUGGUAGUGAAACAAAGUUGUGCAUGAAAACUGAUCACACUUGCGGUACGCACUAUGAGAACACGCUUGCAUGGAAAUCAACUUGAAUUGCACGGCAAAUUUCUGCUGGGUACCAUUCAGUUGAAUUCUUUUAACGUCAACAUUUGCUACUACUACAAUCCCACUGAUUUAACGGAGAGGUUUAUCUUGUAUAUUUUGGCGGCAGUUAUGUUAAAUUAUUGAUCAUUCCAGCUCGUCUUCAGUACUCUUAAGGAAUUAAAUUUUGGUAGGUAAAAUCUGAUUAUUUUCAGUUUUCACGGGAUGAAGCGUACACACUGGUUUUUUUCAAAGGUGUUGUAAACAUCUCAGUUGUUGAUAAAUUGCGGAAUUCUUUAGAAUUGCAACAUUUGGGUUGUGAUCUGCGAUCAGUGAUUCAUUGAUUAAUUACAAUCUAUUGUGAUUUAAGUCACUAAAAUUACUAACUUCAUUGGUAUAUUAUUCAUGUACCACACAUGAUGGUGUACGUACGUGUAUGCCCAGUUCACUUCUUGGCCAUUUCAUUGGUGUUUUGGACUAUAGUUUAAAAAGGCAUCACUGUCUGGGGGAAAAAUUUAGCAUAAAAAAACAAUUUCCAAACUGUCACUUCACAUUUUAUGGUUUUAGUUACCCGAAAUUAUGAUCAUGAUUUUUAUUUGUACAUACAAAUUACCAAGUUUGCCAUUUUUUUAUCAAUACAAUGGAAUAUGAGUUCAGUACCAAAGCUGAAUUUUUGUUUUAUUUACACUCGAUCAAACUGAUGUCUGCAAUUGUUUAUAAGGUGUUUAUUUGAAUUUAAUGAAAAUAGGAUAUGAAUCACGAGUCCAAAAAUCCAAGAGAAUAUGUAAAUUAUGUCAAAUAUUGCAGCCAAUCAGUCCGCUCCAUGCUAGAUUAUGCAGCUAUGAGUUCUUACAAGAAACUCUGUGAUUGGUGGAUACUUGUCCAUUUAUUUUAGUAUAUUUAUUGGCCUAUAGUAUUAGUUGUAUCAGAUUUAUUUAUUAACUUGGGUUGCUAAUGAGUAAGACUGAAAAAAGUCCACGACCGCUUAACAGACAAAAGUCCUGUAUAAAGUGCCGCUUACUUGCUUAGUUGAGUUUGUAUUAUUAGUUAUUGUGAAAUUGAGUCAUGAUAUCGUCAUGCGUGUCAAAGGUCACGGUCACGAAUAAAGCACUAGGCCUCCCUGUCUAGAUCUAAAUGAGCAUCUGG